AUGAUGACGAAGUGCCGUCUGCUGUGCGCCCUGUUGGUGCUUGCCCUGUGCUGCUGCUGCCCGUCCGUGUGCGUUUCAGACACUGUGACGGCAAAAGGGUUAAAUAAGACUGAUGUAAGCGUCCCAAGCCCACCGUCCAAUUCACCAUCCACGACGGCCGGUCAGUCAGGGUCGUCAGAUUCGGGCUCUGGUCCGGACAAAGGAAAGGAUGCUCCAGGGACACCAGGUGGGCCGAGACCAACCGCGGAUCAAACACAUAAGAAAGCGAAAGAUCAUGCCGAGACGACCACGACGACUACGACGACCACGACGACCACAACAAAACCACCGACUACGACAACGACGACUACAACGCAGCCACCAACCACGACGACCACCACUACAACACAUGCACCAAGUACUACGACUACAGAGGCGCCAACUACAACGACCACCAGCGCACCGUCACGUCUUCGCGAAAUCGACGGCAGCCUCAGCAGCUCUGCGUGGAUGUGUGCCCCGCUGGUGCUCGCCGCAUCCGCGCUGGCGUACACCGCUCUGGGCUGA